CUGAGAUCUUAUCUGCUGGUGUUAUACAGCCACAGUCAGACGUUAAUCGUGAAAAGGGCAGUUGAGGUGCAAGCCCAGGUCUGUUUGGGAUACUGAAGAUAGCUUCAUACACAUCGGCAAUCUUUUUCACAGACCUGUGCAUAUCAGAUUUCAAUCAAAACUUGAGGAUCACCUGAAAUCACCCAUUGCCCCAGUGACAAGGUGCGAAAAUGCAUCUAGGUCAGCAAAACGCUGUGGUGGAUGGGCUAUCGUUGAAGGAACUGGGCGACAGUGUGCUGGUGGAGACAGAGCUUCGAAGGAAAGGACUGCCAUUUCUCAAACACGUGGAGUACCGUAUUGUUAGCAAGUGUUUCCAGAUCCCGGUUCAGCGCAGGUACAGUGAUUUUGAGGUGUUCCAUGGUCUGCUGCUGCAAAAGUUCAUCUACAGGAUGGUCCCGCCUCUGCCCCCCAAACGCAUCCUUAAAGGAGUUUUGAACUCAAUGUCAGACCGAGAGUUCAAUGAUAGCCGCCGCCGUGGUCUACAAAGGUUUAUGACCCUGGUGAUUAGACAUCCAGUCCUGGCAGGAGAUGAGCUGGUCAACAUCUUUCUGUCAGCAAGCAGCGCGGAGGUUCAAAAUAUGUUGCGUGAUGCAUAUAAAAAGACAGGUGAUGAGUUUCUGACCUCGCAAAUGGCCUUGCAUGGCAAGGUGUACCUACCCGAGGAAAUACAUACCGAGGCUGCCGCUAAUCGAGAGGUCAUUGCAAACAUCCACAGCAGUUUCAAUAAACUCAGAGAUGUAGCGGAGCGCAUGGCUCAGCGGUCACGGGAGAACUCAACAGAUCUGCUCAUGUUUGGCAAAGACUUGAGUGAACUGGGCUCGGACACAUCAGACCUGCCAAUGAGUCCUACAAUGAGCAAAGCAUGGAAAACACAGAGGAAGUCACUUGUAGAGCUGUCAGGAGAAUUUGGUCUUCUCGCCGACAAAGCUGCACACCAGGGCAGCAGAGAGGAGGACGAGGUGGUGGAGAAACUGAACCUUCUCCUUGAACAGCUGCAGUCAUACAAAGAUUUGUGUGAUCGUCAUGACAGUGGUGUGUUACUAGAGCAUCAGAGAGCGUUUGAAAAGCGCAGCGGGCCUGUGGCUACACACUUAAAGAGCCAGAACAGCAUCGAGCAACCAGAGUCUCGGCUCUCACAGCAGGAGAACACAAUUAUCACCAUGGAGAUGAGGAGCUAUUUCUCCCUUUUGUGUCUGCAUCAAGAAACCCAGCUGGUCUUCACCUAUCUGCCUCUUGUGACUUCAAUACUGGGGACGUUUGUCCACUCACAAAUACAAGGACACAAAGAGAUGGGUGAUGUGUGGGGUGACCUUCAUCCUAAACUGAAGGACCUUUUUGAAAGUGCUAGUGAAGCUUCCAUUCGCUCUUCAUCUCAAACACACACCUCCAGAGGACAGAAGACCAGUGCCGUCAUUGGCCCCACAUAACCAGGACAGCAAAUAUGAGGGAAAUUCCCAGCCUUUUCUCAAAAAACCAAGAAUUCAGUGUAUGUCUUCAAGCCAUGUGUUUUCCUUCUCUUGACUGUUUGACACCUUUCUUCAUGACCUAACUAAAUACAGAGAACAUAGUGACCCCAAAACAUGUUUGAAUACAUUAAACAACUAAACAAUUCAUUAGAUACAAAAUAUAAGUGUAUGCAAACAAAUUAUGAAUUCAAAAUUAACUACAUUUUUGUUAAAAAAUUUUGCACAUACUUUUUUUUAUCUGGAUUAUUUUACUCUAGUUAACUAAGAAAGCAUACUAUUUUCAUUUAUUUGAAAUAAAAAUAUAUAUUUUUUAAUUUCAGCUGAGAACCAAGGCAGUUGAGUUUAUUAUUGAGUUUAACUUGAUGUAUACUAUACAUACAUAUUUAAAAUGACAAAAACAUAACCAUAUUAUUAAAACUAAUUCGAAAUAUAAAAACUAUUAUAGUAUCUCAAUACUAAAAUAACACUUCUUUUAACCAACUGGUCCAUGCAAUAUUCAACAACCGGAAAAAUGACAGGCAACUUAUUUUGUGGGCUUGUUGUAUCUUUAUUUCAAUUAAAUAAAUAAACUUGGUUUGAUAUAUAUAUAUAUAUAUAUAAGACCAACAUAAUUUGUGUCUUUUUCAUUUAUUUUUCAUUUGUUUUCUUAUUCUUUUAAUAUGUUUUGAUGCAGUAUGUGAUUAUAUAUUCAAAUAAAUAAUCCCAUAUCUUCCAAAA